CACACCGACUGAAGACAGGGAGCGCACCAUCAUUCAAUCUCACACCUCCCUCCCUCCCGGCUCGCCGCCGCAUCUCACCACCCCAAACUCACCAUGAAGCCGCAAAUCCUCCUCAGCACAGCCCUCCUCGCCACCGGCGCGGCCGCCAUCGGGCCCGCCAGCCCCUCCCUAGGGCGGCGCCUCAAGGGCAAGCCGGAGAAGCUGGCCAACUGGCGCUGGCCGAACCCCUUCACCUCGGCCAAGCACAGCCAAUUCGCGCCGGCGUGCACCGCCGAGCGCGCCUUCCCCGCGCAGGAGUUCAUCCUGGACGACCUGUCCGACCACCCGCCGCGGGGCCUGCUGCCGUACCGCGAGGCGCUCAAGGAGGUCUUCUCCUCGCGCGAGUACCCCGGCAGCUGGGACGGCAUCGACCCGCACGGCUACGACCGCAACCUGCUGCUCAUGGCGUACACGGACGUGCCGCUGGCCGUGCGCGAGUGGAUCGAGGCGCAGGAGCGCGGGGACGGCGGGCCCGGAAAGGGCCUGUUUGCCGUCUUCCGCCGGCCCAAGGAGGGGUAUGAUGUCCUUUCGCCCAUCCGGGUGCCGGAGGAGGUGCCCGUCAGCGAGGAGUGGCGGGCGAGGGACGAUGGGCGGGUCGUGGUCUUCGCGCCGGGCGCGCUGCAUGAGGUGCUGCCGCUCUGGGUCGCCGAGGGGAGUGAGUGCGAGGAGUCGCUUCGCGAUCUCACCAAGUACAGCGCCGAUCUGGUCGACGGCGGCGUGGUUGCCUACCCGGUGCACCACAGCACUCCGCAGCGGGCGCGGAACAAGCGGGAUAUCGAGUUCCGCGUCAAGGCUGAGGUGCUGAAGAAGAAGGAGGAGGGCGAGGAUGCCGCCGAGACGGCGACGACCACGGCCACGGCGGAGAAAGUCGAGAAGACGGGAGAAUCGGAGACGGCCAAGUCCGAAGCAGCGGCCGAGACCAAGAGCGCCGAGCGGGACGAGCUAUAGAGCAGUUCGGACGAGAGGAGUAAGGGAAACCAAAAAGGCUAUGUAUUAUCCACGGAGUUGGCUUCCAGGGCAUGUUGUGUCGGUCGUCAUGGUGUUCGAGGCG